AUGAAGUCUUUGUGUUUCCUUGCCACUUUGAUGACUGUAGCCGUCGCUUUACCGCCUAGGAACACAGUAGAGAUUAACAAGCGAAUUCUUGGUUUACUAGGUGGACAAGAUGAGGGUGGGCUUGUUGGUGGUCUUUUAGGAGGAGAAGGUGGACUUCUUGGUGGUCUUUUAGGAGGAGAAGGUGGGCUUGUUGGUGGCCUUUUAGGAGGAGAAGGUGGUGGACUUGUUGGUGGUCUGUUAGGUGGAGAAGGUGGACUACUAGGAGGUAUUUUAGGUGGAGAAGAAGGUGGACUUCUUGGUGGUAUAUUUGACACCCUUCUUGGUGACGAAGGAAUUAUUGGUGGUAUUAUACUAACAGCAACAGAAUUAGUGAAAUCAAUUCUUAACCUUCUUGGUAGUCUUACAAAAGGCUUGGAAGGGAAGACAACUGAACCGGAGAUAUAUGCCGAAUUUAGGAAACACGAGACGAGCAAAUUGUGUCCCUUGUGUAAACGUCUUUCCACGCCUGAACACGUAUCUGCUUGCGAUAAAUACUGCGCCGAACAGAACUGGAAAGCUCAGUAA